UGGUUGCUUAUAAAAUUAGCAAGAUUGUGCUCAUCAAGGUUGUGGUGUACUGAUAGUGGUUAGGUUGCUUGUGCUAGUUACUCGGUGCAUUGGUGUGGGGGAGGAGACUAAAGUCACUUAAUUCUUUCAGAAGCGUGUUCUUGCCGGGACUUAUGCAUCACUCACCUUAACGCCACUAAACUUCUAGAUCCUCUCGCCAAGUGCUCUUUCACCCUUCACCCUUCACGCUUCACCGUCAGAACCACAACUGCAGCCACCAAAUCAACACAGUUGAGACUCGACACCUUCAUUCCCAUCUCCUCCACUGUGUCAGGUGCUACCGCUUUUGUUCGUUCUGGACGCAUCGUGAUGCACCAUGGGGAGCCAUCGGAAGAAGACGCCGUCUUCUCAGCAGCGAAAGUCUCAUCAAACUGUGUCUACCAAUCAAAACUCGUCUGGCCAUGCCAAUGGCAUUCAUUCUCUGGACAAUCAUCAUGCCGCUACAUCCACGGUGGCUCCUAACGACAAUAAGCAGCGAUACUUUGUGGAAGAGGAAGAGGAGGAUGGUUUCGACGGCACUGUCCGCGCUCUGGACUUUUCCAAGGUCCUCCAGGACGUUGAGGGUAGCUUAGUUGGAACCAUGACUAGCAGCUUUGUGGCCAUCACUGGCCUCCUGUCAUCGACGCCCACUCCUAAUAGCGGCGGUAGUUUCCGUGUGACAUGGAAGGAGUUGGUGUAUUUGGUCCUUGCCAUUGUGGUGCUAGCGGGCUUGUCCAUCUUCAUGGGAGUGGCUGCCGGCAUUACCAUUUCGAUUCACUACUUUGACGAUACCCACAGGACUCCAUCAUUUCCUCGACUAGAAGCCCGCGAACGUGAUUUGGGACCUCACCAACGUGUGACGACUCUGGAUUACACCAUUGCUUCCAGCAACAUAUUGCAUCCUUCAGUAGGCAUGUCGUCUCUGACGGUCGAAGAAGAGAACAAAGUUAUGGACCUGACGUUGGGGCGAGUUAUUACCAUGUCAGAAUCAGGACAACGAAGUGUGCUCUUGGUUGUGGAAGAAAUUCCACCCUUGCCAACAAUGAUGAACAACAAUACUGGAAUGCAUAUCAACUACUCGACCUCUACCCUUCCUGUGAAUGUGAGUGGCACUAACAGCACAAGUGAUGCUGGUGGGCACAAUGGAUUCGUGGAUGCAGAGAAAGAGGUGUUGCUGGGUGGCCACUACACGCCUUACCGUCACAGAGGCCCACCAGAUGCUCGAUUCCAGUUGAGUUCCUCCAAGGUACAUCCAAAGUUAUGCUCGGAUGGCGUCACAAUUGGUUUUGAUAACUGGGACACCCUAAAAGCAGCAGUGUCGGAGGCCAAUGCGCUCUCAGCAGAACGUUUCAUGAAAUGGAACGAGUACUUUGCAUCCUUGGAAACGACAACAAACUCCGGCUCUCGGUGGUUUGACAACAUUCUGAAUAACGAUCAAUCUUCGAGCGACGAUGGCUUGUUAGGAUACUACUAUGACGAAGACGUUGUGUUCACAAUUUGCCCUGGUACUACUCUGUCGGCAAGAAAAGGACCCAUCUUCAUCAAUGCAGAGAACAUUCUGAUCUUGUGCGGUGCUUCGGAAGAGUACGAUUACAUUCGUGCCUCUCAACCAACACCAUCCUCUGUAGCAUCCAUGCGAGCCUCCUUUUCCAGAGAGAUUCCUUCAUGCACAAUGGAUGUUGGUGGCACUCAUUUGGCCUUUGGGCCCCAUGCCAGAAACGUACUGGUCCGAGGACUUGUCUUUCAAUCCGCCAAGACGUCCAGUUUGGCCUUUCAUUACGAUGGGGCACAGGCGUCGUUUGAAGAUUGCAUCUGGGUCGACAACUCUGGCAUUCACGGUACAAAGUACGGCGCUGUUGCGGAUGUUAAUAGCACCAGCAACGUCAACUUUUAUCGCUGUGAAAUUGGGUCCAGUCUCGCCAGUGUAGCCAAUCUCGGAGGCAGUGGAAUGAUAGGACCUGGCAAUGGCGGUAGUGGAGAUGGCAUUGGUGGACCAUAUGGUGGAAUGGCCCCAGGAUUUGCUUCCUUCUUGUCCCUGCGCAACUAACUAGCUACCGAUAUGGGUGAAAGUUCAAAGUGAAUGGCUACGAGACGCGGAGACAAAGUACUAGAAGUGAAAUUCAUCCGACGGUUUCUUCAGGCGCGAUAUAGAUAGACCCUUUAUCGAUGAACUAGAUGGAAUCCUGUCGAUGCU